AUGCCGAGCCACGUCCAUGUCCAGAGGAGUCUUCAUGGUAUCAUGGCUCAACUCAAAGAAACGCUUGACGGGAACGGCUCAUCACUCAACCUGCUCAGCUCGGCGGAGACGAACGGGCUCGAUUCGUACGUGUUUUCGACAGUCAUAGUCGUCAUCCUCCUGUCCAUCGACUUCUGGACCGUCCGCAAUGUGUCGGGACGAGUAUUGGUCGGGCUCAGAUUUUGGAAUCAGGUCGAUGAAGACGGCAGUUCUUAUUGGGUCUUCGAAAGCAGAGAUCCAUCUCAAGCUGCAAAUGCGGUCGAUUCAAAGAUGUUUUGGAUGGCACUGUACACGUUCCCGGUGGCCUGGAUCUUUUUACUAUUCAUCGGGAUCCUAAAAUUCAACCUCUCCUUUCUCCCGAUCGUCGUCCUGGCGCUAGUAUUCAACCUGACCAACACGAUCGGCUUCACCUAUGCAGAUCGUGAUUCGAAACGAAAAUGGGCCAACGAACUCGGGUCGAGUGGUAUCAACGGCCUUCUCGGCCAAUUCGGCGGCGGAUUACUGGGCGGUUUGACGAAAGUUGGAAUCGGAAAAUUCUUUGGAUAA